GGAGCAUAGUAUUCACCCUUCACAGCGAGAUAUUUGGCUCAUGUGCUUGUCGUCUCCUUCUCUCGCUUUCCUUUGCCUUCAGCGUUUGUAUUUUUGUAACGGUUGGUAUACAUCUAUUAUGGGACUCUCUUGAUUUCCUCAGAAUCUGACUGACUAGUCUCUGAAGUUGAGGAUAAAGUGUUUUACUGAGACAGUCAUCCUCACUUGAGGAUUGAAUUGAAGAGCCCAGAAGAGAAAAAUGAAGGGAGGGUUAGUCGUGGAUGAUGGGUUUGUCUAUGAAGAAGAAAAGCAUCUCACAGUGUUUAAAACAUGUUUGUUCUUCGCUAAUGAUGGCUUCACUGUCUAUGACUGCAAAGGUGAGUUGGUGUUCCGUGUUGACUCGUAUGGGCCUGACUCUCGUGACAAGGGUGAACACGUUCUCAUGGACGCCCAUGGCCGCUGUCUGCUCACCGUCAGAAGAAAGAGGCCGAGUCUGCAUCAAAGGUGGGAGGGCUACAUAGGGGAAGGAACAGACGGGAGCAAUCCGAUAUUUAGUGUGCGGAGAACAUCCAUGAUCGGACGGUGUACCGUGACGGUGGAAGUGUGUGGGAAUCCAGGUGAGGAGUACCAGAUAGAAGGAUCUUUUGCGACCAGAUCGUGCACGAUAUUGAACACAGUGAAGGAAGCGGUGGCUGAGAUCAGACGCAAAGUAGAUGCCUCCACUGAUGUCGUGCUUGGCAAGGACGUCCUCUCUCUGUGCCUUAAGCCUGGUUUUGACGGGGCAUUUGCCAUGGGGCUGGUCUUGAUUCUGGAUCAAAUCAACGGCUACGAUUCUGUUGAGAAUGAAGUUAAGGAGAGCCCCACUACAGAGGAUUAGAGGGUUGAUGCCUGUGGUCAUUGUAAUAAACUAAUGUAUAAGAAGAAAUGGGCUAAUUGUCUGUUAAAGAUCUCUAAGAUCAUAUGUUAUAAGAACACUUUGCUAGAUAAUUUAAAACAUUGAGAGAGACAUGAGAGUGUGACUAUGUGAAAUGCUGUGUGAUAUUAUAUGCU